UGAUCGAAUCAGAAAGUUUCCGACAGUCGAUUGGUCGAUUUUUACCAUGUGCAAAAAACGAGGGAUGGGACGAGAACAGAAAUUUUCAGUCUCGCGAGUUUGACUUAAUUUCGGACGUAUAAUUAUUUUCAGACGUGCGUAUUUUGAUCUUUGUGAUAUUAUUCCUUACGCGAUAUUUUUUUUAGGGUGUAGCGUGAUUGAAUCGCGGUUGGCCGACCUGCCGGUGCCCGUAGCAACUGAUUCACCCACGUCUCGUCGAGCGUGAGUGGCACAGGUGCGCCCUGUCGCUGGCCUGGUCGUUCGCGAGCGUUUGAUCGGGGGUGGUGAGGACGAGUCCACGAGGUACCGUUCGUGCGUGUGUUGCGAGAUCGCGCGCGGACGGCACCGUGUAAACGCGAGGGUGACGCGAGCGCGCGCGUCGCUUCCUAGCAGCUGCACAUCCGGCGGAACGGUGCGGAGCACGAGACGUCGAGAGGAGAAAGAGCGAUCGGAGCGGCGCGCUCGCGGCCCGAGUUCGAUGGUGCGUGGCGCCAGCGAUCAAGAAAGAGGGUGAGAAAAGAGAAAGAAGGAAAGAGAGAAAGAGAGAGAAGAAAAGUGAUACGUUGUGUGUCGCGCCUCCGCGUGCGUGUGCGUGCGUGCGCUGUUGACACGUUGCGUGGGCGCAUCUGAGGAACGCACGCGUGAAUCUUAACGUGCGCGACGAGGGAAGGGACGUCGCGCGUGCGAACCGACCAACCUACGGCGAGAGAAAGAGAGAGAGGUGUGGAUACACACGCGCGUGUGCGAACCUAGGGAAUCUCGGCGCCGCGCCGUUGUCUGUCCCGCGAGGAUCGGCGAACGAGUGCUGCGUGAGUCGCGCCACGAACGGAGCCGCGGGUCGCCGCGCGGCCGAAGUCGAGUGAAGUUGUCUCGAGUCGACGGUACGGGACGGGAGGAGAGCGAGUGAAGUAGCGUGAACCACCGCCGGAGCCAGCGAGAGUACACGAAGGUGCGCGCGGACUCGCUCGCGUGAGAAUUCUGCGGCGCUCCGCGCGGCGCGUAAUGGAGGUGUCGACGAUCGCGAAACGCGCUCGCGGCAGUACUGACACCGGCAGCAACGGCAACGGCUGGAGUAACCGUAGCAAUAGUGGCAGUAGCAGCAACAGCAGCGGUAGCACUGUUAGAAGAAGCAGGAGCGACAAUAGCACAACUGUGCGCAAUAACGACCGCCGUCACAACCGUCACCGCCACCACGGUAAUGCCGUGCUGUGCCGCGUCGUCAGAGCGUGAGCCGUGCCGCGAUUCUUGUCGACUGUUCCGGCACCCGGCAUUCCGGCGGCCGCCGCCGGGUCUGAGAGGCGGGUCAAAAUUGCUAUGGGAUCGUCCGGAACAACGACGCCGUACGACGCCGCACCGAUCGUUCGAUUCCUCCUGCUACCGUGACGUUCGUCGAUCAUCGUCACAGGGCCGCGCCACAGGGAGGUGCGUACAGGGAGUAAGAGCGACAGCACCUCAGAUACGCUUCCUCGGCACGCCGCGACGCACCGUGCCCUUCCACGAUCGCGUCCUACGUGUCGUUUAUCGUUCCUAAAACUCGCCCGCGAGGCGCGAGGGAUCUCGCUUGACGAGAGGUUAGGCUGGCAUGGGGAUUAAUCCCCGUGAGGUGGCAUCGUCCGUCGAACUCUGACAGUCAGCCAGCCAGCCAGCCAGCCAGCCCCCUCGGCAACCUCUCUUCCCCCACCCCUUCCCUCUCCAUCGUCGUCACUACCCGCGCGUCCUACCCUUCCGCGCCCUACGCGGUGUUACACCGCGCCCGCGCGUGCCCUUUUACGCCUGCGGAAACUGCGGCGAGUGUCGCGUUGUGCGUUUUGUUCCCAACGUAUUGUGUCGCGUCGCGUCGCGUCACAUCGCGUCCCGCCGUCGUCGUCGUGUCGUGUGCUCGUCAUCCGCGCUCCCGGGGGAGCACAGAGGAUAUGCCCUGCACGGGGAUCGAUCCCGUCGCUGACCCAAAACUGACGUCGUCGUCGUCGUCGUCGUCGUCGUCGUCGUCGUCGUCGUCGUCGCAACCGGGGCGCGAGUGUGGUGAAAAAUCGUGUGCGCGUAGUUGGAUUGUGUGUAUCGAUAAUUAAAUUGCUGCAACCGUGGAUAACAACGGCCGGUACGAGAUGCAGAAGCGGGACGGCAGGGACAACCGCGGCGACAAGGAGCUCGGAGCGCGCAGCUCCGAGCGUGACCAGGAGGUCGCCAAACGGACCUCCAGGGGUAGCGGUAACGCCGCCCGGUCGAACGUGCACUCGUCCCGGCACAGCGUCACCUCGUCGUCCGGCGUGCUCAUGGUCGGCCCGAACUUUCGGGUCGGCAAGAAAAUCGGCUGUGGAAACUUCGGGGAGCUGCGUCUCGGGAAAAACCUGUACAAUAAUGAGCACGUAGCAAUUAAAAUGGAACCAAUGAAGUCAAAGGCACCACAGCUACAUUUAGAAUAUAGGUUUUACAAAUUAUUAGGAACACAUGUUCAUAACACACAUAUAGAGGGAAUACCGGAGGUGUACUACUUCGGUCCGUGUGGGAAGUAUAACGCCCUGGUGAUGGAACUCCUCGGACCGAGCCUUGAGGAUCUCUUCGACCUCUGCGGGAGGAGGUUCACCCUCAAGACCGUUCUCAACAUUGCCACACAGCUGCUCCAUAGGAUAGAAUACGUUCAUAGUCGGCAUUUGAUAUAUCGCGACAUCAAGCCGGAAAAUUUUCUGAUAGGACGAUCCACUACCAAGAGGGAAAAAAUUAUUCACAUAAUCGAUUUUGGAUUAGCCAAAGAGUACAUAGACCUGGAGACGAACAAGCAUAUACCGUAUCGGGAACACAAGAGUCUUACCGGCACGGCACGUUACAUGAGCAUUAACACGCAUCUUGGCAAAGAACAAAGCAGAAGGGACGACCUGGAGGCGUUGGGCCACAUGUUCAUGUACUUUCUGCGUGGCAGCUUGCCAUGGCAAGGACUAAAGGCUGACACGUUGAAGGAGCGCUACCAAAAGAUUGGCGACACGAAACGGGCGACGCCGAUCGAGGUGCUCUGCGAUGGCCAUCCCGAAGAGAUGGCCACGUAUCUACGCUACGUACGCAGGCUGGACUUCUUUGAAACACCGGACUAUGAAUACUUGAGGAAGCUCUUUCACGAUCUGUAUGAGAGACGCGGCUUCGUCAAUGACGGCGAGUUUGAUUGGACUGGCAAGACGAUGUCCACGCCUGUCGGAUCCCUUCAAACCGGCCAGGAGAUCGUCGUAUCACCAAACCGCGAUCGGCAUCCUACUGCUUACAAGGAUGUGGCAGGUGGAGGGGUGGGAGGUGGGGGCGGUAAAGGGGUGGGAGCCACGUGGCCAGAUACUGUGAAGCAAUCAGGAGCCGGUGGUACAUUGACACCUGCUGAUAGGCAUGGCUCUGUACAGGUGGUAUCGUCAACUAAUGGAGAACUGGCUAACGAUGAUCCGACCGCUGGUCACUCCAAUACACCAAUUACAGCACCUCAGGAAGUGGACAUGAUCGACGAAACCAAUGUUUGCUUCAUUUCCAGAUGCUGUUGCUUCUUCAAGCGCAAGAAGAAGAAAAGUGGAAGGCAGAAAUGACUGUCCGUUACCGUUGGUCUCGGGGGGGCGGUGCAGUGCGCGGGUAAUAGUGCCGACGAGACCGUGGGAGCCGUCGCCACGACAUCAAGGACGGGCAAGCGCGGCGCGGGAAUCGGGGCACGUGCGGGCGCCGGUACGGCAGGUGGUAUUGCGAGUAAUGCCGAUCCCGAGAGAGAAGCCGUCACCCUGCUGCGCGUCGGCAGCCGAUCCGCAUCACGAGAUUCGGUACUGCACACCACCGUCACGAUGACUCCAACGCCGACGCCGCCACCGCUGUCGAACUGAAUUAUCAUCAUUAUCAUCAUCAUCAUCACUACUAUCACACAAUCAUUUUACUACCGUCGCUGCUAUUAUCAUUAUUAAAUGGACGGUCGCGCGACUGAUUCGAAAUCGAGAGAAUGAAGCUACUUUUCCUCUGGCCAAUCGAGCUGAUCUUUUCGAUAAAUAGGCGGACUCGCUGACGACGAUUCAAUCUGCUCCUCUAGUGAAAUUCCAUAAUAAUUUCAAUAUCGUUGCAAUCAUAGGAUCACCUUGGCUGCGUAUGUGUUAUGAUGAAAAUGCGGCCAAUUAUCGGCUUUACUUAAAACUCUGUAUUCAGAACACUUGAUAAUUUGUGUUGGAUUUUCAUUUGAACUCAUAGAAAAUUUGCCGGGGUCCCUCUUAUCAAUUCAUUUUUUUUUUUUUAAAUAGAGAGUAUAUCUGGACAGAUGGAAAAUGGCUAAUAGCGAUAUAUUCUGCGACUAAUGAAGGUUCUCAUGUCAGUGAAAAUUUAUUUGUUUGGUUUCUAAUCAGCGUUGUUUGAGUGAGAAAUUCGAAAUGUUUAUUGUCAUUUAUAUCGUGAAUUACAAUGUGAAAAGACGUGAGAAUUAAUAUCGAAAUAUAAAAUGAUGACGGUUGAAAUAUUUUUCCAUGUUUCCACAUGUUUGUCUGACGAGACGACCGAUUUCUCGUCCGCAUAAUUGAUAAAUUCAAUUAUUCAAUGAUUAAAUUCCUACGUAAACUUUCA